UCCCCAAGCCAUCACGAAGGUUCAGUAUUCGUUCGAUCGGCGGCGGAAGAUUCUUUCGUGCAAUCAUACCAUCUUUCAAAAACAACAGACAGAUAAACGGAAUCGAGAAUUGGGAACCGUCGCGAAGAGUAGUGACCCGACAGUUGAGAUAUCGAAGAGCGCAUGUUUGGCUGUCGGUUAAAGUGCAAGAUGUCGAUCGUUAAUUCGGUGUUGGUUUUGGCGGUUUUUGUUCAACUGUGCAAUCAUGUUGCCAGUCAGUUUUCAGGACCAACACUAGCCUGCGGUGGCACAUCGUUGCUGAAAACGACCACACUGAUCUCGCCGGCCCAGAUUGGCACUAAUGGUGCCGCCACGAGCUGCAGCUACAACAUACGCGCCAUUAAUUUACGCGUCUGUCAGCUUCGUCUGGACUUCAACUCGUUCAAUCUGGCACCACCGACGAUCAACCCGUACCCGUCCUGCAACAUCGACACACUUUCGAUUGCGAAUUUAGAUUUCAAUUUGUGCGGUGAAAACAGUGGACAGCACAUUUAUGUCCCGUUUUCUCCUACGCUUGGGAACAUGACAUUGACCAUUAACUUCAAUCUGGGAGCUCGGAUUCUAGGGCAGACCGGUCCCUACUGGAACGUGCGAGUUCAGCAGUUGGAGUGCCCGGUUGGAGCUGCCUAUGCUUCGAAAACCGCUGUCCGAUCGGAAUCACUAGUCAAGACCUUUCACAACGAUUUAAAUGACCUGGCUCCGACUGGGUGUCUCCAGUAUUACACCGCGCAAACCGGCAUCGUAAAAUCGUUCAAUUUCAAUAAUGGAGGUCCGUACAUUGGUAACAUGAACUACGCCAUCUGCUUCCGGCGAACCCGCGUUAAUACUUCGCUAAAGCUGUUUGGUGACGUAUUUGACCUUGCUGCCGGGGAUGCCACUGGGUAUGACAGCUCGUGCUUUUCCAACAUUGAAACAGCUGGACGAUCCGAGGACUUCCUACACAUACCGGAGGGUGUGGCUCGUUUGGACCAGAGCGUACGAGCGAAUCGAUUCUGUGGGCAAAUUCUUCAGCAGAGAGAAGUUGAAAGUAAAUCGCCUGGACCUUUCGUACUGUACUUCAACAGCGACACCACAUAUGGAGCCAACGGAGCAACUGAAACUGGUUUUCAAUUAUCGUACCAACUAGUAUGAUAUUGCACACAAGGAUAUCAGGGGUUUUCAAGAUGGACUAAUAUUUUUUCUUUUGUUUGUUUUUGUUUCGCUAUGAGUUGGUUCCAAAUUUGAAGCAUUUCGGAAGAUAAUAUUGAAUAAUAACAAAUUUUCAAGCAAGUCAAAAGAGAAUUCUAACCACGUACGUUACCUUCUAAACGAGAAUCUGUGUCUAAUUCAAUCGAAUUCAGCUGAAACUUCGAAUAAUACUGAAUACCGUUUGUUAUGUCUUUUGUCUAAUGGUUAUAGUAGUAAACUUGAUUGUAUGUUGAGUUGAAAUAAUAAUAUAAAUAGUGCUGACGUUUGGAGAUAGAUAACAAUACCUUGUCAUAUUAUUCGAAUGAAUGAGCUUAAAAGCGAUUCUGAAGUGCAGGAUAAGGAGACGAAAAUGUACAGUCUCUCC